UGCUGGAGAAACCUUAUUUAUUAUGCUUAUAGCUUAGACUAGGACUUGGGUUUGGAAGAGGGAAUUUAAUUGGUUUUCUCAAUUCUGCUGUUGUGUAUGGUAUUUUAACUGGGAAGGGCAGCUGUGUGUUGCUAGGAUUACCCUGAAGAGGGUGGUAUACCUGAGGCACCUGUCAGGAUUGUUGGCAAGUGUCUUAUUAAGCAGGCAAACCUGAUUAUUUCCGCUCUUUUGAAGUUGGUUGGACUCAUAAAGAAACCUAAUAGGACACAUCGGGUUUAUCUUAGAAGUACCGCAGGUCAUCCAUAAGUUGCCAUUUACCCAAAGCUAAUAAAGAACUGCAUGGGUUAUAUAUUUGUAGUCUUGGUAGAUGUGUAGCUUCAGGGGGAUGAUAAUUCAGUUGCUGUCGUCUUAUUCUCUUUAGCUUUCACCUGGGUUGCCGUAGCUUCAUACCAGCAUUUACUGAAACAUUGAUUGUGGACGAAAGUGAGGCAUGUUUCAAAUUUUGCUCGUUUCCAUCAGAAGUAGUCCAUAAGUCAUUAACGGGCUGUGUUCAGUGGUGCUUGGUUUGCAUAUAGUGUUCAUCAGUAAACAGGAAUUGAAAGGAAAUCAACAAGCUGGGGCCUCAUCACAAACACACCUGGUGGACACGCAAUGCAGAAUAAUUGCUGUGCUGGCGGCAGGGAGAUUUGUGGGGUAGAAAACUGAAAGAAAUUAAGGAGGAGCUAAUAUGACUUGAGGUGUUUAUGUGGCAGAAGGUGUGCUUUGCUUUGCUUUGGCUGCAUACACAAUUUUGGACUGAGCCUGGUGAAAUCAGUACUUUUUACAGUGACGGUAGCAGUUUGUUGGAUACCGAAUCAUAAUACCAUUAUACUAACAACUGAUAGCUUCGCCAUACUCAGAUUGGCUCCAGAGAUGGAUAGGAUAAGUGUCGCAAGGACAUUUUCAUUUAAACGAAAGGGUAGUCAUCGUAAAAAUAAGGAAGAAGAAGUUCCAGAAGAUACAUUUGACUACUCUAAGUUAACUUUUCUAAGUCAAGAAGAAGCCCAAAACAUAGACCAGGAACUUUUCACAGAAUAUGCAUUCAGUGUGGACCAGUUGAUGGAGCUGGCAGGGCUGAGUUGUGCCCAUGUUGUUGCAAAGCUGUACCCUAAGGAAACUUUGACUCGAGGGAAUCAAGGAUCUAUGUUGAUAUGUUGUGGGCCUGGAAAUAAUGGAGGAGAUGGUUUGGUGUGCGCAAGGCAUCUAAAACUGUUUGGCUAUAAACCAACAGUGUUUUACCCAAAGCCUACGGACAAGCAACUUUUCAAGAAUUUGACCACACAGUUGGAGAAGCUUGACAUCCCAUUUCUAUCUUACUUACCACACGAAACUUCCCUCAUUAAUGACUCCUACAACUUGGUGAUUGAUGCACUGUUUGGCUUCAGCUUUAAAGGGCCUCCAAGACAACAGUUUAAGGAAAUUUUGGAAACGUUGAAAAAAGUGCAGCUACCAUUGGUUAGCAUUGAUGUCCCCUCAGGCUGGAAUGUAGAAGACGGAGAUCCAGAUGGACUUCAACCAGAAGUGCUCAUCUCUCUCACAGCCCCUAAAAAAUGUGCCAAACAUUUCAAAGGCAAGCAUCAUUACCUUGGUGGCAGGUUUGUUCCCAAUGCCUUGGCCCAGAAGUAUGAAUUAAAUCUUCCACCAUAUCCUGGCACGGAUUGCAUCUUACAGUUGAAGAUGGAUAAACUGGAUAAGCCACAGGAGGAUGGAAAAGACUAAAGUGGCCAUGUUUAACACACAGAUUUAUAUUCUGUCAUGAAUAGGGUAAAUGUUAGAACUUUCAUUUUGAAAAAAAAAAAGGGAAAAACAGACCUAUAAUUUUAGAGUCUAGUGUAUGCAUUUAUAUUGUAAAACAGAAUAUACAAAGUAUAUCUGUAAAGUAUACGGCAAGCUGAAAAGGCAGGUCUUGCACUAUAAGCCAAAGCCUUCACCAGUUCUUUGACCUUUAGCUAAAUCAACACAUUUACGAAACAAUUAAGGAUUCACAAUCGUUAAAUCUACAAAAGAUACAGCUUCUCUGUAUUCAUUGGAAAAGAUCAAUUGGGCUUUACAGUUCAGCAUGAACAUUGCUUUUUCCAGUGUAAUUUUUUCAAGCACAUUCAUCACAACAACCUUCUGUCAGUACCUCCAAGUCUCAGAAUUCUGAUAUUCACUCUCCUUAAUUUAGCAUAGGCAUCUGCCACUAUUUUAGUAUAGAAAUGGCAAGCCACAAUGCUGUAGAGAAGGUUAUCUAAUGAUUCUGAAUCUCGGGGUGCCUGACAGUGUAUAAUCUCAUUUGUCAUGAUUUUAACUACCAUUGUGAGAAUCUACACAGUUUUCAAAAUCCAUUUAUUUUCAUGCAAGCUUAUUGAAUAUCAAUGAUAUAUCAAGUAAAGAAAUGGCAUGUUAUAAAUAAUAAGAAAAUUUAGACAUUGUUUAUCAGAUGUUUAUUUGUUAGUAAAAUUGGUGUGAAACAGGCUGGUAAAUCAAAGAAGGUGACCGAGCUUAUAGCAUAACAUGGGCUGUAAACAUCAUACAUAAAGUAUCUAUAUUGUAAACAUACAUUCAUUUUACAACUGGUAUGUAUUGUAUAAUCGCUGUUCUAUAAAAUGUUGUUUCUGUGUCUCUCAGUCUUUACAGUCAGGAUAUAUUUAAAAUCAUGUAAAGGCAUUAAAUAACUAUGGCACUGGAGAACGUAUAGACACUAAUAAGUGAAGAUAAUAAAGGGUCAUCAGGAUGUAUAUCAGGCUGUCAUAAUUGCCUCCCCAUGUGAAAUAUCAGCGUGCAGCCUUAUGGCUAACUGUGAAUGUAUUUAAUUAGCUUGAUGAAUGCCAGCUCGGUUCCCAGUUUACAUAUACCAAGGCAGUGUGUUACUGUGUGUACAUGGCUAGGUGUGUGGUUCUUGUUUAUAGAAACUGUGUAUAUUUUUCUUCUGUUAUACUGUCAACUAUCUGGAUGUUGGCAAACCAUUUUUAGCAAAGAAAUUUAGUUGUGAUGAAGAAUUCUUGAACUGGUUUCCACUAGAAAUUUGUACAGUUCUGGAAUAAUGUACCUGAUUUAAGUAGUAACUUGAGAAAUUAUCUGAUGUUUUUUUCUUAAAACAAUUCAAAAUAGCCAUGUAGGUUAAUAUUCAUGACAAAAAUGUCGGAAUGUCUCUAAUUUAAAUAAAAUGUGUUAUGGGAAACCAUAUUUUUGUUUUCAUGUAUGUACGUGCAAAUUUAAUCCAUGCCCAUGUUUUUCCAUGGAACAUACAUUUAAAUGUCCUUAAAAUGCAAAUUUUAAUGUUAUUGAAAAUUAAUGCUAGAAGUGAACAAAAUUUACUGCUCUUAAAAACUUAACAUUGAGAAAUUGUCUUAUAUCAUGUGGCUUAAAAAAAGUUGCUAAUUUCAAAGUUCAAGAACUACAAGUUUGAAGAUACUGCACCGAAAUUUGGGAUAUUUUUAAUGAAUGUUGAAGAUUUCAUGACUCUACCUUUAUUACUUUUGGCACAGCAAAAAAAUGUAAAGUAAAAAAAUGUGAUGCCAGCCAGUGACUUUAGUCAGGUACCGAUGUGGCAGUUUUGACACCUGUAAUGUUUUUGAUUUGAUAAUAAUAUCAAAACUGUAAUAUUUGAAAUUUUCAGGGAAUAAUGUAUCAAAGAUCUGUGCAAAACUUAAAUUUGAAAACCUUUGAACAGUUGAAGUAAUUGAACUUUGAAAUUAAUAACGUUUUUUAUGAGCCUUCCAAUAUGUGAAGCUGGUAUGUAUUAACAGCAAUUGGCAGUUUUCAGGAGUUUUUUGCCAACAGCAAUUUGAUUUGAAGACUACUAAUCUUUGCCUCUUUGAUUCAAAGACUGUCAAUCUAUACCUCGACAUUUUACAUUAAGUAAUUGCUUGGUUUUAUGUAAAUUUACUAGUUAUUUUUUUGAUGAAAUGGAAAGAUCAUGUACUUUCAUUUAUAAGAAGGAUGACUACCUAUACUGAUCCAUUUUGCUAAUUAAUAUUUUUAUGUGCAGAGAUCAAGAUCAAUAUUUUACAAUUGCUAAAUGUUUGCCAUACUAUUGAAAACAACUAGAGGGGACAUUUUAUGAUGCCGUGUCAUAAACGGAACCAGGAAAAAAUGUGAUUAUUUUAACAUUAUAAGCACACCAAAACAUGGGUAUGCCUUCAGUUAAAUAUCAUUUUUGACAACAAUUUCAAUGACAAAUGAAUG